GAAAAAUUUGGUGUUUAUUGAGACAGGGUGGGUUGUCAAAGUCCUUCCUGUAUUUGAUCGGAACCAAGAGCGCGUGUAGACUUCAGUGUGUUACAUUUCAAAAAUAAGACGUGUCUAAAAACGGUUAUUAACAUUUUACUGGAUUUAGUGCAGAAGUCGUUCAUGUUUACAUGUACAUUGUUCUGUGUCUCAUGUUACUAUGAAGGAGUCAUUAUAAAUCUCACCGCUUCUCCGUAACACCGAUGAACAAACCGGAAGUGAGCGAUUCCUCUGUUUCGUCAGUCCGAGGUCAGAACAGAAAGAGAGUUGGAGAUGGAGCGAAUGAGGAUGAUUAAAAAUUUUUAUCAGUGUCAGUGUGAUGAGGAAGAGGAGGAUGAGCCUCUAUCACUGCAGCGUCUGUGUCUCUUCAGCCUGGCGGAGAACAUGAAGGACAUUUGGACACAGGAUUACGCUCACAAAUACAUGGAUCAGUACUUCUUCCGAUACAUCAUGGGGCCCUUCAGCCUUCUGCCAGGAGAUCUGAUCCAGGAGCUGCUGUGUGUUCUGUCUCAGAGGAAGCUGCUGUCUCGUGCUGCUCUGCAUCUCCUCCUGCUACCACAAUUACACACACUCUCACUGUCGCAGUCCUAUAAUCUCGUCACUGCAAAUCUGUGCAGCCUGAUCACUGUGCGCUGUCAGUCUCUGAAGUGUUUAGAUUUGAGUGGAGCACAGAACGUCUCCUCCGCAGCUCUGUGUUCCAUCCUUGGCAAACUGCCCUGCCUUUACUCGCUUUCACUGGCUGGAACUCUGUGUGAUGGUGCUGUGAUUGCUACGCUGGCUCGACACUGCUCAUUGCUUCAGCUCCUUGAUGUUUCUCGGUGCCUUCACCUUCCCCCGGGUGCCCUGCUUCCCCUGAUGCUGGAAGGACCUAAAUGUCUCAUCAGCCUGCUGGCUAUGGAUAUCGGAUUAGGACAGCAUGAGGAUGAUGGACCAGCUUCUGCUGCCUUUCUCCUGCUUGGCAUGUCCUGUUUACAGCGUCUGGCUAUGGAGGGUCUCGGACAGGCUUGUGUGAUUAUACAGAACAGAGAUUUUGCUGUGACUGAUGGCUUUUCCACCCGAAACGGGGUGUUUUGUCUUACAGAAUUAUGGCAAGCUAAAGUUCAGAAAAAAGAACUGAGAGGCCAUGGUGAGGAUGGACUUAUUCUAGAGGACAAAACAGACAGAUCGUUGAUUUUAGAUGAAGACAGAAGAACAGCCGCACCAAGGGGAAGAUUUAAAUUACAUCUCCGGGAGGUGCAGGGACUAACUCUCGACAGUUUGGAUGCUGUCAGCAGCUUGUGCCCUGAUGUUCACUCACUAUCUCUAAACUGCCAAAAUCAAGGUGAUGAUGAUGAUGUUUCCUUCCAGAGCAUAUGUUUGACUCGGGGCUUGACUGAGUGGUCUGGUCAGCUGCACUUCCUCUCCCUGCAGUUCUCAGGUCCACUCUCAGAACUGGUCCCUCCUCUACAGGUUUGCGGUUCUACUCUCUGCUCCCUCACACUGGAGGGGGUCCAAGCCGACGGGAACCCGUCUCUCAUUGCACUCCUGCGUGCCUGCCCUAAACUCACUGCUCUUACACUCCACAUUGACCCUCCACGUUCCAACCAGGAAGAGGAUGAUGAUGGUGAUGAACAUGUAGAAGACUGGGAUUUACCAUGUCUUCCACACCUUCGCACUUUAACACUAAUAUUCUCCUUGGAAGAGAGACAUUCGAAGCCCUUGCUGUGCUGGACGUCCCUAAAGGGGGUGCUGUGGUCCUUGCUGAGAGGCUCUGUGCAGCUCCACACACUGGCUCUGAUCGCUGUUCCGUGCCGCCUCGAUCCAGUGUUCAGGCUGGUCCUGGAUCGUCACGCCGAACCAUUGCGAUGUCUCAGACAAGUCAGCCUGCAGCGCUCAGACGUCACCAUGGAAACGACGAUGCGACUUGUAGACUGCUGUCAUCGCUUGAUCACUCUGGAUGUGAGCAAAUGCUGGUCACUGACCAGGCGCAAUAUCACUAAAUUACAGAGACAAGCCAGGAGGUGCCAUAAACUCCACAUUACAUGGACAUGAGGCAGACAGGAAGUACUCUAUACAUAAAUAAAUGAUCCGGGUUAACAUAGAAAGUCAGAAUUUUAAAUCAACUCAUUUUACAUAGAGUUUUUUGCUGAAAAUGCUGUUUGUUUAUUAAGCAUACCAAAGACUAGAAUUUGAAAGCAAAACACAAUCUUCUCGGAUGUAUAACCUCAGUGUGUCUUGCUGUUUACAGUCAGCCAAACUGUGAUAUCCGUUCACUUUUGAUUUGAUUGAGUGUACAAUACAACAUGAAUUGAGAUGA